AUGGCGUCCCAAAGAAACCUGGAGGGAAUUGAUUUCGACGAAGAUCAAAUAUCGGUAAUCAGCCUGGAAGAUGAGGAUCUUUUUGCAAGCAUCUCAACCACAGGCUCUCUGGGUGCCGCUGAUCCUCCUCCCGACGGCUUCAGGAAGGACCAGCUGAAGGCCAGACUUACGGAUGUCGUCACCAGGAUGAAGAGUGGGAAGAUCCGAAGGAAGGUGCUGCAAGAUCUUUCCGCCCUCCUGCAGAAGAUCCAGGAAUAUCCAUCGGUAGCGCUUCCUGCAUCCUCCCUUGGCCAACUGGUGGCCAUUUCCUGUCUGUCUGCAUUGGAUCCAGACCCGGAGUGCAGGCAGCGGGCAGCAGAGGCCCUCUGCCAUCUUCUGCCCAUCCUGCGGCGCAAAGAAGAGACACUGGCACGAACGUCGUGGAACCAAACACUCCUCAUCCGAGCUCGGAAGGUCCUCCAAUCCACCGGAGGAGCGGUUCCUGAAUUGUUCCUGAAUAAUUGUUACUCUCUUGCCAGGGUCUUUGGUGCCUAUCUUCCUGAGGAGCAGCUCUUGGAGGCCAUGUGCUUCCUGGCCAGCGAUCUGGUUGUCGAGAGCAGCUUCAACCCCUUGGACAUCUCCCACUUGCUGCAAGAGUUCAUCAAGCAGUUUAGCGGCACAAAAGUGGAGGUGGAGGUGCUGCUGGAGGCCUUCUAUAAGAUCACCCAGGGGCCUACAGUGCAGGGCAGAAACAUGGCCGCCUUUGCUUUGUCCAUCAUGCCACCCCAACACCUGGCAAAAGUGGUUGCAUACCUCCUCCAGUUUCCCUUCAGGUACGGAGCCCUCCAGGCAGGUUCUACUGGGCUAAGGGAAAGGUUGGCAAGGUGCAGGGCUUGCUCAGAAAGCCCUUGCUGCCAUUUCCUCUCUGUAGACUGCGAGAGAGUAUGGAAGGAGCUUUUGGCAUCGGCCGACCAAGAACAACUGCUCCAUCUCAUGGCCGAGCAGCUUUACCAAAGCCCCUUGGCGGAAUCUGCCACCCAAGUGCAACAUCUCAGCAGCCUGUUGCACGCCAUCCUCAGGAUGGAGGUAUACAAGGCAGCUGUGCGCCGGAACUUCCCGCAGCUGCUGAUCGCUCUCCUGGGGAUGGUAGUCAACUUCCACUACGACCAGGAAUUCCUCGGAGGGGCUAAGGAAGUUCUGCACCUCCUUCUCGGCACCACUGGAGAGCAAGUAGAGGCGGCCAUCAUCAACCAACUUUUCUGCCGGGAGAAUUUCAGCCAGGGGUUGUCUGCCAUGGUGAGGUAA